AUGAUAGCAAUCUCUACUGUGGUUGUGGGAUUUGUAGUUGUUAUUUCAGUAACAAAAGAGGGUGUUAAGUUGUCGACAAGAGGAGAUAUUGAAAGUGCUAAUAUUGUUUGUAGGCAAAACACAGGCGUCGACAAGGCGCGUUCUCUCUGCCUCUAUCUCUCGAUCCCUUCCAUCGAUUCUACUCCUGCUGCUGAUUCUUUUCCUCCCGUUGCCGCGCUCCAGCACUUGAUUGAUAUUGUUCAUACUUAUAGCGGGGUUAACUGGUGGGCUUCGAUUGUGUUGACGACGAUUUUGAUUCGUUCGAUGACUGUGCCGAUCUUGUUAAAUCAGAUGAGAGCUACUGUUAAAUUGAGUGCUAUGAGACCGGAGAUGGAGGCGCUCAAGGACCAAAUGCAAAAUUCUAUGGAUCCACAAACUAUGAUGGAGAAUCAAAAAAAGAUGAAGGCAUUGUUCAAGAAGCAUGGGGUUACUCCAUUUACUCCACUGAAAGGUCUUGUCAUCCAGGGCCCAGUCUUCAUCAGCUUUUUCUUGGCUAUCUCAAACAUGGUUGAGAAAGUUCCAUCAUUCAAAGGUGGGGGAGCAUUCUGGUUUACUGAUUUGACCACCCCAGAUCCCAUGUAUGCACUUCCUAUAUUGACUGGGUUGAGCUUCUUGGCAACAGUGGAGUUGAAUAUGCAAGAGGGCAUGGAAGGUAAUCCUAUGGCAGGCACUAUGAAGAAGUUUUCUAGAGGACUUGCUGUUGUGACAAUUCCUUUUACAGCGAGCUUCCCAAAGGCAAUCUUUUGUUAUUGGAUUACAUCAAACCUUUUCUCCCUUGUUUAUGGUUUCGUGCUCAAGCACAAACCAGUGAGAAAAUUCCUGAAUCUUCCCGAUAUAAAUCCACCGUCAGAUCCUGCACCUGCCUUCUCUUUUGGCGGACUGAAGAACCCUAACACUUCAAUCUCAGCCGGAGAAUCUGAGCCUAUCAAGGCGGAGCGAAGAAUUUCUUCAUCUGCUGUUAUGAGUCAAAGGAUCAGGAACCUCGAAAAGCAAGUCAAAGGUAGGAACAAAUCAAAGAAAAGGUGAAAAAUGUUGUGAACUAGCAUUUUAUAUAUUUACUUGAAAAGGAUCAAGGAACAAACAAUCUUUCAGUGAUGAUAUUUAUGCAAACGCUGAAAGGUGGACCGCAGAAUACUGUAAUCAGUUAUACCUGGACUCAUUUUUGUUCGAUGAGUAUCUCAUUUUUUCUUGAAUAAGUUCUGUUGACAUGUAAUGUACUAUAGAACAAAAUAUAUUUAUUAAGGGCCCUAUGAGAUGAACGCU